AUGAGCCUCACCGACCCGAUCACGACACGCUUGGCUGCGCUGGCCAACUAUGCUGGAUCAUACGCAUGGCCACCGCUCCUCUCGAUCUCCCGAGGAGCUAUACUAGCACUUCUCAGGCAGGUCCAGAUCGGCUCUCUCCAGAUCAUUGAUACAGACGGUAGCUUGACAGUAUGCGGUAGCCCAAAAAGAGCAGACGGGAACGACGAGAAGAGCGUCCAUGCCAUCCCGCAUGCAGAACUUCGAGUGCUCAGUGACCUCUUCUGGGUGAGGUUGUUGGUCUUUGCAGACAUGGGCUUCGCGGAAAGCUACAUGCUAGGCGAGGUCGCAUGCCCGGACAUUACAGCCUUCUUUAAGGUGUUUAUUGUGAAUAGGCCGCAUUUGUCGAAUGGAGUGACUUUCACAUCGCAAAUCAGCGGCAAGAUCGCAGGGCUGGUCCGAAGUACAAACACGCUUGCCAAUGCUCGACUAAACAUUUCGGCCCACUACGACAUCUCGAAUGACAUGUUUGCGGCUUUCCUGUCACCUGACAUGACAUACUCGUGUCCCAUCUGGCUACCAAAAUCCAAUGCUGCGUCUUCGCAAGAAACUUUGGAGCGGGCACAGUAUCGGAAGCUGUGUCGGUUCAUCAACAAUGCGAGGAUCAAAUCAACCGACCAUGUGUUGGAGAUUGGGACGGGUUGGGGUAGCUUUGCGAUCCUAGCAGUGGAGAAGACGGGUUGCCGGGUGACGAGCUUGACAUUGAGUGCGGAGCAAAAGAGACUAGCGGAGGAGCGCAUCAAAGCUGCAGGUUUCCAGGACAGGAUCAAAGUCAUGCUGUGCGACUACCGGAGUCUGCACGUGCCCAGCGAGCAGGCCAAGUAUGACAAAGUGGUCUCGAUCGAGAUGCUGGAGGCUGUCGGUGCCGAAUUUCUGGAGACAUACUUCCGCUGUGUUGACAAGCUCAUGAAGAACGAUGGUGGUGUGGCAGUGUUUCAAUGCAUCACGAUGCCAGAGUCCCGCUACGAUGUCUACGCCAGCUCAGACGACUUUAUCAGACGAUAUAUCUUCCCCGGCGGCCACUUGCCUACGAUCACGCAACUCUUGGACGCUAUCCGCGCGGGCUCGUCAAGUAAAGGUGUUGCGCCUCGCCUGAUCCCCGAGAGCGUUGAAAACAUCGGUCCUCAUUACGCAAAGACCCUGCGGCUCUGGCGACAAGCUUUUAUGCAGAAUUUCAACGCCAAGAUCAAACCUGCGCUGAUCGAAGAGCACGCUGAGAAAGGCAAGAGGCUGAGCGAGGAGGACGUGGAGCUUUUCAAGCGCAAAUGGGAAUACUACUUCUCGUACUGCGAGGCUGGAUUUGCAACAAAGACGUUGGGCGAUGUGAUCUUGACGGUUGGUAGGGAAGGGGCGGUGGAGAUGAUGGAGGAUGUGCCGUUGUGA